AUUCUUGUCUCCUGUCCCCGUUAGUAUGGUGCUGCCUCGUUUGAGUCUCCGAGUCUUCUUCGGGAUGUCUCUAAUUGCACAAUUAGAGACAGAGACAGCAGAGCUCAUGCCUCACCCUACAAGGACAGCUGUCUCCUUUACUGGUCGCCUGCUGCAGCAGCAAACAGAACAAGGUGUAAGCGACUUCAGCCGCCUAGCCACUGCUGCAGCAAAGGGACUUGUCUUGGGUACUGCAGCAGCAACAGCAGCAGCACCAGAUGCUAACACCAGCAGCAGCAGCAGCACCAGCAGCAGCAGCAGCAGCAGCACGACUGGGGAGGCUGCUCAUGUGCUUGUGGAGGCCUCGUUUGCUGCUGCUGGAGGGGCCCCAGAGUGGCUGCAGCAAGCGUUUGAAGGUCUCCGCAUUGCAGCACCGCUGCAGGGUCAGCAGCUGCUGUCUCCUACUCUUAUCCGCAGGGUUGAGCUGAGAGACACUGAAAUAGACAUGCGGGAGACAGGCGUCUCCUCUGAUUAUGUUGCUGUCUCUUCAACUGUCUCUUUGGUGCUAGAACCCUUCUUAGGAAAGGGCAGCAGCAUCAGUCUCCUUGGCUUAUCUUUAAAAGGAGACAUUAGAGACACUAACAGCGGGGAUAUAAUAGCAGAAGCUUUUACCCCAGCAGCAGCAGCAGCAGCAGAAGAAGGAGCAGCAGCAGCAGCAGCAGAAGCAGGGGACCUUGUUAUACUAGAGACACCAGCAGAGUUUAUAGAGACUGAAGAUGGGUUGCUGCAGGUAGACCUGCCUCUUGAUGUGCUGCUGCAGAUAAGAGAAGGAGACGCUUUUGCUAGCUUUGCUGCGAGAGCAAUGAAGGCCGAGGAGACAGCAGUAAGGAUAGAGGGGAUAGCUGCUGCAGCGCUGCAGACACCUGUGGGGCCCCUCUUUGUAAGUGAAGUACGAGUGCAGCAAACUGUCUCCUUUGACUCUCUUGCUGCUGCUCUUAAGGGGCUCAGCGAAGGCCUACGUAUUCUAGCAUUUAGUGUAGGCGACGUUAAAGUAAAUGAAGCUGGAGAAGGAGACAGUCUCUCUUUUACUGUAGAUGUUUUGUUAGGAGAUGCAGCAGCAGAACCAGCAGCAGCAGCAGCAGAACCAGGAGCAGAAGGAGAAGCAGCAUCAGGAGCAGCAACAGCAAAAACAGCAUCAACAGCAGCAACAAUCGGAGACAUGCGUAUCUAUGCAGGCAGCUUAUCUUUUUCUAUCGUUGAUGCUACAGAUGGAGAUGUUAUAGGAGAAGGCUUUGUACCGUCUGCUGUAAUAGGGGGUGGUCGACACCCGCUCCGUGUAGAGGGACACUUGUUUGACAAGAGCAGCAGCAGCAGCAGCAGCAGCAGCAGUGGGAGCACACGUCUGGCUUCUCUUAUGAGUAAUGCAGUCAGUGGGGGGCCCCUUGGGGUGUAUAUACGCUGGAGAGACAACCCGAUACACCCGAAGCCUCAGUGGUUCGGAGCUGUUGUUGAUAGUCUUCAUGUUCAGCCUUCUAUUGCAGGGCUGGAGCCGUCUCUGAACUUAGUAGAGGGUAUAUCGUUUAGGGGUUUGAGAGUAGAGACACAGGGAGAGACAGCAGUAAACGUUGAAGCAACUGUCUCUGCAGAUAUACGCAGCCCUUUGGGUAAGGAAGCUCCUUUAAAGCUGCUGCAGGUAGGUGCAAGGGUGUCUCUCUAUGCGCAGCAAACAGAUGCCCCAGCAUCAGCAACAACGAGCAGCAGCAGCAGCAGCAGCAGCAGCAGCAGCAGCAGCAGCAGAAGCAGCAGCAGCAGCAGCAGCAGCGGCAGCGGGAGAGGGGAGCUGCUAGGUACGCUGGUGGUGUCUCCUCGGGAGCCUGUUGAGCAGCAGCAAGAAGGAGACAUGCUGCAGGUGUCUAUACAGCUGAAAGGUGCUGAAGAUGCAUUUGUUUUAGCUGAUGAAGGACGAGCUUUUGCUGCUUUUGUGGGUGCUCAAAUAAACGAUGGGACUACUUCAAUUAUUUAUGUUGCGACUGUCUCUGCAACUUUAGAGUCUCCUUUCGGCCUGCUUACUGUCUCCGAUAUGGAGGUGUCUGGCAGCAGCAGUCUCCUUGAUGCAGGGACCUCAGCACCCGGCAGCAGCAGCAGCAGCAGCAGCAGCAGCAGCAGCAGCAGCAUAUCGGAUAUGGAGUUUACUGUUGAUUCAAUUAAUUUUGAAGCACCUGAAGAUAACAGCAGAGGCCUUACCUUAGCAGCAGAGCUCAGCUUAAAGAUCCCCUUAGACCUGUCUAUACAGCUGAGCGGUCUCUCCUUUUGGCUGCUGCUGGUGCGCAGCAAACCGCAGCAGCAGCAACAGCAGCAACAGCAGCAGCAGGAAGAAGAAGAGGAAGAAGGAGACUCUGAUUUGCUGCUCCUAGGAGAGCUUACAGUGCCUCAGUUUGUGCUUAACGGGGGGCUCGGUAGGCUUAGCGCAAAGGGUUUAAUAAGACCAAAGGAGAGCGACUUAGAUGAGGUGUCUCUGUUUAUUUCGAGUGUAUUGCAGGGACUGUCUCCUGAGGUUGUAGUAAGGGGUAUAGGUGUCUCCUUUGUAGGAGCUCAGCCAGCCCCUAAUUGGGUGCAGGAGACAGUAAAGCAUAUUCAAUUAAAACUGUCUCUACCUAGAUUAGAGGGUCUUACAGACUCUGCAUUCUCUACUCUAAAUAUGUCUCAACUUAGGCUUAAAGUGCUUAAGGAUGGAAGUGAAGAGGAGACACUCUAUGAUGCAGACACCGGAGUAUUAUUAGGGGCUAAGAUCGAAGCUGCUGUACAGAGUCCCUUUGGAGACACUUUGCCUAUUGAAAUCAAACGCGUAGGCGUAGAUAUCCAGCUGUUUGAACAUGAUAACGACAGCAGCAGCAGCAGCAGCAGCAGCAACCAGCAGCAGCAGCAGCACGAGGGAGAGGAGACAGGAGACGACAGUGGGCAGUCGUCGGGAGGCAGCCCCGCGCGGAGGCUGCAGGCAGCAGAGCAGCAGCAGCAGCAGCAGCAACAGCAGCAGCAGCAACAGCAGCAGCAGCAGCAGCAGCAGCAGCAGCAGGGAGAAGUUGAGGGUCGCUCUGUUGGCCGAUUGGUGGUGCCUGAGAGGGAGGUGAAGCAAGAGGGCUCAACUGUCUCCUUUGAUGUAUUUGAGUUGCUGCAGUUUGAAGACAGCGGUGAAGGCUUUGCUGCUCUAGCCCUGUCUAUAAUGCGUGAACAGCAGCAGGUAAAUGUAAGAGUUAGAGGUGUAGCAUCGGUGCUGCUGCAGUCACCGUUAGGUUUGCUGUCUCUUCGGGGUAUCCCCGUGCAAUCAACUGUCUCUAUUAGGGGUCUAGGCCUCUUUCAGCAGCACACUCUACAGCAGCUUGCUGCUUCUGCUCUCAACAGCCUCCGCAUCUUUGAUUUCGGUCCCCGCAGCAAAGCCCUUCCUCACGCUGCUGUCAUAAACAGCAGCAGCAGCAGCAGCAGCAGCAGCAGCAGUGAUCUGCAAAUAGGAGAAGAGCCUACAUCUGAGCGUACACCUGAGGCGCUGCUGCUGGAGACAGUGGUGCAUCUGCCUGUACUGGAUGGGGUGUCUGUUGAGCUAGAAAAUUUGAUGUUUUCUUUAUAUUAUGAAGACAGCUCUCUAGGGUUUGUGCUGAUUCCGAGGAUGUAUCUGAAAGGAGACAGUGAAGAGGGUUCUCGUAUACACCUCAAAGGGGUCUUACAACCAAAAGAUAGUGUCUCCUUUUCUCGUCUGGCAGCUUCAUUCUUUAGCGGAGGAGUUAAUACUGUUGUAGUAAAGGGGGACCCUUAUGCAUUAGAAACAUUAGACGAAAAUAAAUUGCUACAGCAGUUUAUUAGUGACAUAUCAGGUGUAUAUACACCUCCUCUUUGGGUUCUACGCUUGCUGCAAGGUAUAUCAUUUGCUGUCUCCGUUGAGCCUGCAGUAGAGGGGCUAGCUCAAGAGUUAAUGAAAGAAGUUAUUAUCAAAGGUGUUGAUGUAGAUCUAUCAGGAGGAGACACUCAAAGAGGAGACAACCCGUUAAUAGAGGCUCAGGUAGAAGCUGUCUAUGCUUUUCCGCCUCAGUUCAGCAUCAGGCACCAAGUACUAUCGAUGGGAGGGAGACUGCUGCUGUCUCCUUCAGCAGCAGCUGCUGCAGGCCCUAUGGGAGCUAUGACUGUUAAGGAUCUGUUAGUAAUAUCUCAAUAUGAAGAAGAAGAAGAAGAAGCAAAAGAAAAAGCAAAAGUAGAUGAAGAGAGGCAAAGCGAAGAUGAAGAGACGAAAGGCGUCGCUCGAGACAGGAGACAAGGAGACAGCAAACGCAUGCGGAUUUUGGUUGAGCUCCCGCCUACAGUUCUCGAGGUUUUGCCUAAUAAAGAAGAUAUAUUUUCACAGCUAAUGGUGGAGACAGUUAACUCAAAGGAGACUGUCUCCGUCGCUGUACAAGGAGAUAUUAAGGUCUCUGUCUCUACUGCUGUAGGCGCCCUCACCAUCACCAUGCCUCUUGAUAUGACUCAGAGCAUACAAGGUCUUGGAGGCCUAUCAGGGCCUUCGUCGUCUUUACGUUUUUCUAUGGGUGAGAUGACAGUGGUUGGUGCCGACGCAGAGUUUCUAGACGGGUCUGCGACAGUAGAAGUGCAGUUAGCAGGAGAUAAUUGUGUUAUAGGGGUUAACCUCGGGCCUCUAGCGUUAGACUUAGAUAUACCUAUUGCUGCUGAUGCUGCUCAUCUUAUUAACGAUCUUGAACAACAAUUUAUCGAUGAAUAUAUUGUUUAUCAAGACCCUUUGUCUCCUCUUAUCACAUCCGGUGUUGUUAAACUACCUCGGCUACAAAUCUUAUCGCCUGUUAAAAAACAAAAACUUCUAAUGCAGCAGCAACAGCAGCAACAGCAGCAGCAAAAACAAAAGCAACAACAGCAGCAGCAGCAACAGCAGCAGAUGGUGGGGAUGCAACAGCAGCAACAACAACAGCAGCAGCAACAGCAGCAGCAGGAUGGAGGUAUAAAAGGAGAAGAAGCUGUUGCGGUUUUGUUUGCACCUGUCAAGACAGCUGAAGGACAAGAGUUAAGGAUGGGUACUCGAGUGCUGCUAUCGAACUAUGUUAGCGGUAUAUCAACUACUGUUGUUAUUAGAGGCAAUAACUUCUCAACAAAAAAUAAGUUCUUAGGCACUUUCUUCUCUUCAUUUAGAAUUGAAACCGAUGUACCGGGAACAAACAGAGCCUUCAUCAAAGAAGUCGGCAUCACCCUCAAGGUAGGCGCUCAGUAA